GUUAAGGUCAAGCCGCGUCGUCUACACCGCCAGCCAAGUUCAAGGACCUUCAAGGAGCGCUUGCUAUGAAGGAGGCCAAGGGCAGGAGGGCCAGGAGCGCGACCAACACCGGCGUGGUCAGCUACGCGGGUCAACAGCGCCGAGUGCACUACUUCCUGAUCGAGUACCCCGAUGGCGCCACCGAAACUGUUACACACGCCCAACUUCGGCCCAGACUGGUCCCCAAGCAACAGGCGCGUGCAGCGGCCGUUACCAGUGUCGAGCCUGCCGUGCCGCCCCCUGCCGAGGAGCUGCCGUCACGUGGAGUCAGCCUGCCCGAGUCUACACCGUCGGAGCUGGAGUGCCUGUCGGAGCUAAUUGACCUGUCUCAGGUCACGUCCGUCUACGCGCCGCUCAACGUGCCUGACGCCACCGCGGCGUGGGUGCGUGCGCACGGUUGCACCCUGCGCAGGGGCAGACCUGUCAGCGGUCUCGCUGCUUUGGAGGCGGCCAGCCUACGCCGGGCUCAACAGGACGGCAUUGGCAUGAACGUGAUCUGGCUGGAGGUGUAUCCGGCAGCCGUGGAUACGCACGUGGAGGCAACGAGGGACUUCGUCACUGAUGCCGUGAUAGCCAGGGUGCCGCGUGAGUACGUGGGCAAGGCGGGCAAGGCACGGCUCAGCAGGCUGCGCAAGCGGCGCGCCAGUGGGGAGUUGUUGAUUGCGUCGUGUGCGACCUGUGUGUGGUUGGUGCUGCUGUCGAAGGGCAUUAAGAGGUGGGGUUUCGUAACCGCCAUGAGCGCGGGCGAGCCCGUGCUGUGAGGGCUGUGUAUAUCUUAAAACAUUGAUUGCCUUUCCUCAUCUGAGCUCUGCCAUUGCAGCUGGCAUGGCAACUCGCCGCAUGUGAGUGUGAUUUACUGCAUGUGUCUGUCUUUUAUGCGUGCUGUCUGUGUACCGCGCCUGAGACGCGUUUGCUUUUCUGUGUGUUUUCCACUGUGCCCCAACUCGUAUCACCAGACCACGGCCGUUCACGUUCCGUGGCUGGGGGGGGGACAUCUAGCGGGGCACGUGCGGGUUGCAUCAGCCCAUGGGAAGACGUGACAGCUGUCACACCCCAGCGGGUUACCUAGCAUAGCGUGUCACCGUGCUGUGUUUAGCUGUGCCGAUGCGCGUACGGCAGACGGAAGGGCAAGACCCGGGGUGCCGUAAGAGGCUGUGAGGGGAGUUGCCGGUCGUGCCAGUCGCGUGUGUCGUGUGUUGAGUUCGUGGAACCGGGUGGCUGAGCCGUUGACUGGGCUCAGGCCGCCGCAUUUCCCAGUGUAUCGUGUGUAUGCUACGUUGCAUUAGCCUCGUGUGUUUGGGCGCCAGUCGUUAGCGGCCAGGCUUGACUGGUGGGCGGUGGCUGAACUGGCCCGCGUCCCAUGCGGAGAUAGCGAGGUUAACGCGUGAGAGAGCUCAAGCAAGCUUGUCUUUGCUUGAGCUACUUGAACGACCUUUCAUUUAGCGAUUUCAGAGUUAAAGACCCGUCAGAGCAGUCACGUUACAGACUGCGAACGCUUGUAAUAUACCGACGGAGCACGUAUUGUCCGUCACCCGCCUGUUCUGCUGGUCCGCGGAGCAAGGGACCAGAGCAGACCACAGCUCAACAUCUAGCGGGGCACGUGCGGGUUGCAUCAGCCCAUGGGAAGACGUGACAGCCAUGUCACAAGCGCAAGCGUUAGCAGUGUGCGCGGCUCUGUGGGAACUGGGAAGCUAUUCGGUAUAAAUGGUUUCAUCUGUGAUACCCUGUGGCAGGUGUGGUCCAAUCGGGUGCAGGGAGUCUUUGCAGUUUGCUGUAUCUGGCUAGAUGCGUCGGGAGUGCUGCUGCAUUCAUGUGUCCCAUGGCUGUAAUCCCGAUGUAAGCAUGGCGGCAC